AUGUGCAGUUUGUCCAGAUUUUGGGACAAGGUGAAUACGAUGGCAGAAGGUGGAUCUCGUUAUUGCUCUAAGAAAUCCGAUGAUGUCUGUGGGGAUGCUUGUGGUGAGGAUUCUAGCCGACCCCUUAGCAUGGCUCGGUUGAAAUGCUUCUUACGUGGGCUCGAUAUAAAAGCAUACCUCUUUCUAUUCAUGCUUGUUCCCACGUGCGUUUUCUUAAUUUACAUGCACGGCCAGAAAAUCACUUACUUCCUCCGCCCCUUAUGGGAGUCCCCUCCGAAGCCCUUCACCGAAAUCCCUCACUACUAUCACGAAAACGUGUCAAUGGAGAAUCUAUGCAAGCUCCACGGGUGGGGCCUACGUGAGUACCCCAGACGGGUAUACGAUGCCGUUUUAUUCAGCAACGAGCUCGAUAUUCUCAAAUUACGCUGGAAAGAAUUGUACCCAUACGUGACCGAAUUCGUUCUCCUCGAGUCCAACUCGACCUUCACGGGCCUCCCGAAGCCCAUGGUCUUCUCCUCUGCGAGGGCCCAGUUCGAUUUUGUCGAGGCCCGUUUGACUUACGGCCAAGUCCCCGGGAGGUUCAAACGGGGAGAAAACCCGUUUGUGGAAGAAGCGUAUCAAAGGAUUGCGUUGGAUUAUUUACUCAAACAGGCCGGGAUUCAAGAUGACGAUCUCUUGAUAAUGUCUGACGUUGAUGAAAUCCCGAGCAGGCACACGAUUAAUCUCCUGAGGUGGUGCGAUGGGAUUCCUCCCAUUUUGCAUCUCCGUUUGAAGAACUAUCUAUACUCGUUCGAGUUCUUGCUCGAUAAUAACAGCUGGCGGGCCUCGGUCCAUGUUUAUCAGUCUGGAAAGACGAAGUACGCGCAUUAUCGGCAAUCGGACGUGAUUUUGGCAGAUGCUGGCUGGCACUGCAGCUUUUGCUUUCGGAGGAUAAGCGAGUUUGUGUUCAAGAUGAAAGCUUACAGUCAUGUGGAUCGGGUUCGGUUUUCGCAUUUUCUGAGCCCCAAGAGGAUACAGAGAGUUAUUUGUAAAGGUGCUGAUUUAUUCGAUAUGCUGCCCGAGGAAUACACGUUUAAGGAGAUUAUAGGUAAAAUGGGCCCAAUCCCACACUCAUACUCGGCUGUUCAUCUGCCAGCGUACCUUUUGGAGAAUGCGGAUAAAUUUAAGUUUCUUUUGCCUGGAAAUUGUAUGAGGGAAAGCGGUUGA